AAAAUUACCUUCGUUCUCUUCAGAACACUGGUACAUUGUACGUAAAUUGACAAAUGAUGAUUCCAUAUUGGGGUCGGCAUCCCUUAGUAUUACCCUGGUCAACUUUUUGAAAUGAGCCCUUUCCAGCAAUUGUGCUACUUCGGGACUAUGAGGUUUCCAUCGACCGUUGCGGUUUUCCCAUUCCCAGACGACCACGGCAUGUCCGAGGGCCAUGUUACGUCCAGGGAUCGUCGGCAAUUCAAGUAGGUUUUCUUGGACGCAUUUAGAAGGUGGCUCGGGCGGGUAGUGACUACAGACAGGUUAUGACACGAAUAAUAUCUAGUUAAACAUUAUUAUUAUUAUUGUUCGUCGUGUUUACAAAAUAUACGGUUGGUUGAUAACAAUUGAUAAGUCGAUAACGAUCGAUCAGUGUUGUAGUUACGUGUUCGAUUGGCCAAGUAGCCUAACCCACGUUCGGGGGCGGUAUACACUGCGCCCACGGUCACGGUGUAUUGGUAAAUAUUACACCCUAAAAAUAUUCUUGAUUACACUCGAGUGUGGGACGUGCGUAUUACGUAUUAUCAGUGAGCCGAUAGCUUUGAGAACUUAAUACCGCUGUUGCAGUACGUCUGCUACAGUUAACAGUAUUUAAAUAUUUAUCCUGUCGGCUCACCAAUUACAUUUCUGUGAGCAUUAAUUCUGAGUUCCGAAGAGGCGCCUCCGUAUCCACCUAUAUGCGUGUGUCAUCAGGCAUCCGGGCACUACAAGGAUCAAGAGUGUAUGUCGAUUCCCAUAAUCCUGUGAUUUAUUGCUGACAGUUCGUUGUUUGAAAGUACGAUCGUCGUUGUUCAAUACUAUCACUUAAUAGAAGAUGUCCGACGAACGGCCGGAAAGUUCUGGGAAACGAUGGGAGGCACGGGCUAGGGUCGAUUAUCCGUUACACUAUCUCAUAUGGUUGCGAGAACACAAGUUACUUGAAGAAAAACUUGGUAUAAUCGGUCUUGAUGGAGAUUCUACCGACCAGGUAACAUUUAUAAAAUAGGUUUUGUAAGUACUUGAUACCAAACUCUUUAUAAAAAAAAAAAAUAUGUAGUUAAGUACUUGGUUUAAAUUUUUCAAAAGGUACACUUAAUUUUAUAAGUAAUUAUAUUUUAAUUUUAAAUAUUUUGUCAAGUUUUCUAACAAUUAUUUAUUUUAUUUUAGUAAUACUAGGUACACCAUUCAUAUAUUUUGAUAGGUACCUAAUAUUAAAAUUGUUUCUGUUUUCUAAUUAGUUUUUACAGGAAAACUUAGGUGCUUAAAAUAAAAAUGUUUUCAAGUAUAAAAAAUUUAAAAGUUUAAUUAUACAAAUUUUUUUAUUCUUAUUAUUAUUAGGCAUUAUAUAUUAUUUAUAAAAUAAUUUAAGAUAUUAAAUAAUAAACAAAAUAUUUCAUAUCCAGUUAGUAGGUAAAUAGAAUUCUUUCAAAAAAUAAAAUUUAAAUGAAUGAUAAUUAUUAUUGUUUUGGACACUAAUAAUAACUUUGUUUUGAAUUCAGGCCAGUUAAAAUAACUAUGUAAACAUAAUAAAAAUAACAUUUUAGUUUAAAAUAAACAGUUAAUCAGAUGUAUUUAUAGGUACCUAGGUGUUUUAUAAUAUAAUUAAAUACCUACCUACAUUUUAAUUUUUGUAAACAAGCAAACAAAAUUGUAUUUCAUAUCUUUUAAUAAUUAAAAAUUAAAAGAUUUGAGGAACUAUUAAUAAACAGGUAUUAAAAAUGUACCUUAAAAUAGUACCUUUAAGUUAUAAUUCUUUUUUAAAAAAAAGUUGGUCAUCUUAAAUCCUAACAAAGUGUAUAUUUUCAGUUUUAAAAUAGAUGUUUAAAAAAAAACAUUAUUACAAAAUAAAUAACAACUUAGGUUCUAUGUUUCACUUGGAUAGUAUAAGUACUAUUUUAUUGUUUAAUUAGCUGUGUAUUAUUGUUCAGUUAUAAAGAUAUAUAUUAGUAUCUAUAGGACAUAUAAUAAGGAUUUUAUAAUUUUAUAUUGAAGUAUAUUUAAAAGUGUGUAAAAUUUUCAUCACAUAUUUAUACACAUAAAUAAUGUAUACAUAUUUAUGUAUAUAAAUAAAUAGUGUUAGUAGGAUAAUAAUACAACUAAACAAUAUUUAAUACAAUUAUUUUAAUUAAAUUAUUACAUAGCAAUGGCUUCUUUAAAACCCUAAAUCGAUAAUUAUGUGUAAAAAAAAAAGCUUAAGGUUAAAGUAAUGCCUGGUGACAUUAUGCAGUGAACUCAGCUAUUAAGCAUAUUAAAAAAAAAAAAAACCUGUGUACUUACACCCCAAUAUUUUCCAUUUGACCAAAAUUAUUUUAUAUUCUAUUUGAAUAAUAAAAAAAUAAUUUUCUGUGCUGUUGCAUAUUAAAGCAAUUUUAAAAAAAUAAAUUAAACUCAUCCAUUAUAUUAUAAAAACUUAUAUAGGUAUAGUCUAAUUGCCCUGAUCUUAUUUUUAAGAGGCUCCUUAAAAAAUUUUAAUUUUGUCUAUUAUAAAGUAGUUUUAAAUGAUUGUUAGAUUAGUAUUUACUAUUGAUUAUGAUUUAUAAUUUAUUUUGUUAUUAAAUAUAUUGAGGCUGUAUUGUUCUAAACUAGUGGUCUUCAACCGGUGGGUCGCGACCCAUUUUUGGGUAACAUAAACUUAAAAAUUGGGUUGCGAUAAGUUUUCUUUUUGAAAUAAAAAUUAAGUUUAUACAAUUAUAUAAGGUUUACAAAUAGUUGUUUAAUUAUUAAAUUCAGAAAAUGAAUAAAUGAAAAUACAGUUUGAAAAUUAUUGUAAUAUAUUAUGUAUAAAUAAUAUUAUAUAAUUUAUAUUCAAAAAUAUAUUAGUAUAAUGGGUUUCAAAUCACAGUAUAUAUCUCAUAUACUGAUAUGAUUCUACGUAGUAUGAUGUAAUAUAUUAGUAUUAAAUAUAAUAAUUUACGAGUAAACCAGGCUAGUAAUAAAAUAAAUAUAUUAUAGUAUUAUCGUCAAAGAGUCCCAUAAUCUACGAACUUUGUCGAUGUUGUCGCUGUGUUUAAAGACAAAUAAAUGUUAGUUGCGUUAUUCUAAUCAUAUUUACGUAUCCUUUAAAAAGUUUUUUUAUUUUUAUUUAUUCAGUUAUAACAGUACUACUACUACAAAGUAUUAAGUAAUUUUAGAUUUUUUUUUUUUGUUUUCCUACAAACGUUUUUCUUAAUGUAUGCCUUAUGUGGGUCGUGAGUCCAAAAAGGUUGAAGACCACUGUUCUAAACUACCUACAACUUUAAUUUUAAUAAUUUUACUCGAAAACCAUUCAGUAAAUUGUAAAUGUAUUCUUGGAACAGCUUUAACAUGUAUUUAUACAGAAUUUUGAAUGAGUAUCACAUGUUCUUAAUUCUUAUAACUAUUUAUGUUAUAUAAUUUUAUAAUAAUAUAAUUACAGAGAUAAAAUUGAAACAUAUAAUUUAUUUGGAGACAAAUUUGUAUAAUUUGUUUACAUACAAAAUAUUCUUUAAAUUUAACUAUAGUUGAAUUUUAUAAUAAUUUUUAUGUUCAGUUUCAUAGUUUUGAUAGAUUAUAAUUUGUUAUUAACCAUUUAGUGUUUAAAAGUUAAGUUUGUUGGAUGAUAUGUGCAGUAAUGACAUGUACAGUACUUUAAAUUCUGUUACUAUUAAGUACAUUCAUCAUAAAAAGUUGUUUGUACUUGGUUGAGAAAAAAAAACCAUGAAAAUGUUUUAUGUUUUUAAUUUUAGGUACCUAUGUGUAUAUACAAUUUUAUUUUUAUUCCACAAAAAAUAAUAAAAUAUUAUUGGUAAAACUUUCUAUAAAAGUUAUUAUUAUAUUUCAUAUUUAAACUAUCUUCUUCUUAUUAUGUCCAGGCUUUAUAUAGAUGUUUUAUUAAAUUUUUUUUUGCCCCAUUGAUCGGCUAUUUGUAUAACCGCAUCUGUUGCAUUUGCUAGGUCAUCUCAACUAUUAAAUUAUUAUUAGUUAUCUAUAAAGUUUAAUUGUUAAUUAUCUGUAUGUUUUUAGAAUCCAAUUGAGAAAUUAGAUCCUAGAGGCCGUACUCCAUUGAUGUUAGCCAUAACAUUAGGCGAUAUAGAAUCUACUAGAUUAUUAAUAAUCAGAGGUGCUAAUGUCAAUGUAAAAAAUGAUGAAGGAUGGACGGGUAAAAUAAAAUAAAAACAAAUUCAAUUGAAUGAUGCCAUACUAUUUUGUAAUUUUAGUACUAGUAAUACUAGUAAUAUUAUUUUAUAGCAAUGCAGGAAGCAAUAGCUACAGGUGAUCCACAAAUGGUCCAACUUGUCAUGGAACACAGAGACUAUCAACGUCAUUCAAAUCGUGCUACUGGUGUUUCAAAAUUGUUAAAGCUACUUGAAGAAUCCCCCGAUUUUUAUGUAGAAAUGAAAUGGGAAUUUAUUAGUUGGGGUAUGUUAUUUUAGUUAUACACUGUUUAAAUUUUAUUUAAUUCCGUUUAUUAUUUUUGAUUUUAGUACCAUUAAUAUCAAGAAUGUGUCCAAGUGAUACAUAUAAAAUAUUUAAACAGGGAUCCAAAGUGCGAAUAGAUACUACAUUGUUGGGUUUUGAACAGGGUAAUUGGGAACGUGGAAAUUUAAGUUAUAUAUUUUUAGGUCAAAGUGAGUGAAGUAUUAAUAUUUCUUAUUUUAUUAUAUGCUUGGUCAUGUCAAUAACAUUGUAAAAUUACAGCUGCAACGCUUUUCAAAUCAGAACGAACUUUCAUAUUUCAACUUAACGAAGGUUAAAUCUUUCAUAUAAACAAAAUAUAACUUUUAUUUAGAAUAUAAAUGUUCAUAUUAUUUUCAUUAAUUAUUAUAGAAAAAGCUUUUCUGAUAAUCAAAUUUUAAACACUAGUAAAGGUAUAACUUGUUUAUAAUAGGUUUAAGAUAUGUUUUAAAGAUCCUUGAGCAGUUUUUAGAACACCUUGUAUUAGUUUGAAAUAAUUUGUCAAAUAUUUUAUAUACUUAUCUGCAUUUUUCAUGUAUAUAAUCAUUAUACCAUAUUUAAAUAUUUUUGAAGUAGUUACUAACCUAAUGCAAUUUGUAACCAUGUAAAUUAUUUAAAUGUUAACGAUGUAUUGAUUGUUUUUGAGUGAUACAUUUAUGUUAACUGUCAUUUAGUUGAAAAAUAGUGUAAACAUAAAUUUGUUUGCUCAAAUUUAAUUAGUACAAAACAAAGGUUUUCUAAAACACUAAAUAAAAACUAACAUUAAAUAUAAUAAUACAGUAAUAAAUUUAUUAAAAUAUAAUUAUUUAUCUAUACUUGUCAUUGUUAAAUUUAAAAAUAAUAAUUACAGUGGAACCUCGAUAAGUCAAAUUUUUGAUAACUCAAAGGAAUGCCUUGGCCCCUGAAUUUCAAUAUAUGAUAUGUGGUAUAAAUUUGCUCUAUAAUUCAAAUUUCGCUAACCCAAAUUCCUCAAUGUGUCGAAGUUAUUUGAGUUGAAUUUUGGCUUAUAACUAAAAUUAUUCAAAACAGAUUACUGAUAAUAUAUUGAUAAAGUAUAAUAAAGUGUAUAUUCUUAAAUAAUGAUAAUCGUAAUAGAAAACUUAUUAUUUUUAUUAAUAUUUACUUAAUGCUUAAAAGGCAUGGAUAUAAAUUCGUUAAGAUAAUAAAACAAUAUAGCCUAUGAUAUUAAUGUUUAUUUUUGUACAUUAUUAGUAAAUGUAUAUGUUGAUCGAAAUAUACUUAUAAAUAUUUAAAAAUAUUUUUGAUAACUCAAAUUUUUUUUGCCCCCAACCAAUUGGAGUUAUUGAAGUUUUCUGUAGGUCAAAUUUUUAAUAAUUUGAAUUAUUUUUUUGCCCCAAACUGAUUCAAGGUAUCGAGGUUCCACUGUAUUUUAUACUAUAAUCAUGUGCAAUGAUUGUGUUAUUAGAAACUGACCCUAUGACAUCCAAAUAAAUAGAUCUUAAUAAGCUUUAAAUAUAUGUGAUUGUUAAAAUAAUUAAAAAUUAUUGAUGUAUUCAAUGUUAUUAGGUCAAUCAGCUAAAUUUCUAGAGGUUGAUCACGAGACACACAGGGUAUAUGUAGAAGAAAUACAAAUGAUUCCUUUAGAUCAAGGUAUUGAAGUGAUGCGUCCAUCGGAUGAUACAAUAGCUAGCAGAUUGUCUGCUCCUAUCGUUAGUUUCGAUAUAGACACAAAAAAAAUAAGUUUCGAAAGGUACUGGUUGAAAGGUUGAAGUAAUUUACUGUUGAGAAAUUUACAAAAUCUUUAAUUACUUUUUAUUAUUAAUUUUACAGAAAUAAAAGUGGGAUUUGGGGUUGGCGGCAAGAUAAAUCGGAAAUAAUAAAUGAUUAUAACUGUAAAGUUUUUAAUGCAAGUAAUGUGGAAUUUGUUGCCAAAUCAAGAACAGAACACAUGAAUGAAACUGAAAAGGUAAAGUUAAAUAGUACAAAAAAUACCAUCCAAACAAUGUUAGGUUCAAGUGAAGAAAAAUGUGUAAGUUUAUAAUAAACUUUUUAUACAUUUGAUAAAUAGCUUAUGUAUAUUUUUAUAUAUGUUCUUUAGCCAGUUAAACCAGAACUUAAAGUUACUAUGGCUGAAUAUUUUGACGAAUUUGUGGAUAUUAGAGGUAAAUAUUUACGGAAACCAAUAGAGCAAACUACCAAAGUCACGAAAAUCAAGGUAAGUUUAAAUAUAAUGCCCAAUUUAUAAUUGCUAAUUAAAAUACAUUUUGUAUAUUUUAGGCCAAUUUAUGGCUUAGUGAAGAUUACCCAUUAAGUCUGAAAGAACAAAUAAUGCCAAUUGUUGAUUUAAUGGCUAUUACAAGUUCUCAUUUUGCUAAACUCAAGGAUUUUAUUGAAAUGCAACUUCCAUCCGGAUUUCCUGUUAAAAUUGGUAUUAUACAUAAUACUAAUUUAUUAUUUAUUAAAUACUUAAAUAAUUAUAAUAUUAUAGAAAUACCAUUAUACCAUAUUUCUAAUGCCCAAAUUACUUUUGGUAAUUUAUUUGGAAUGGAUAAAACUAUAGAAGGUGUUCAAACAUUAGAUACAGAUGGAAAAAUAUUCUGUGUAGUUGAAGAUUCUGUAUUUGUUCCACCCAGAAGUUAUGUAGUUCUUGGUAAAAUAUAAAUAAUCUAAUUUGUUUUCCUUACAUAUUUUGUGUUCAUAAAAUUACUAAAACUUUUAAGGUGCUGAACAAAGACGUCAAAUUGGUGUAGACAACGAUGAAGAACUACUUCAAUUUGCUGUUCAACAGAGUCUAUUAGAAACUGGUGCUGAAGAAGAUCAAGUAUUUUUUUUUUUUUUUUUUUGGUCUAUAUUAUAAUCUACUUAAGAAAAAAAAAUAAAAACAUAUUAUUACUCAUUAUCAGGUAGACAUUUGGGAAGCAUUACAAGUUCAAAGACCGAAUACUCCUAAUGACCCUUAUUUUGAUCCAGCUGAUGAAGAAUUGCAAAGGUAUAAUAAUUAACAUAUCAGAUAUGAUACUUUAAUAUACAUAUUUCUUAAUCUAAGUGUAUUUAAACAGGUUACCAUUUAAAAAGAGAGGACUAUAAAAAUAAAAUGCUUAAUUCCUCUAAUUUGAUCCUAAAAAUAAAUCUACCUUAUACCGAGUUGUUAAAUAUAAUACAAUUUGAUUAUUAAUUUUGGUAACCACCCAAUAUAGUGUAAUUUAUUAUGGAUCCUUUGCUUAGCUUUUAUGUAAAUUUAGUUAAUUUCCUUGUAGAGCGAUCCAUGCAAGUUUGACCGAGUGUUCAUUUGUGCCUGCGGUUUCGCAACCAGAUGUGCCCGAUCUUGUAGAUGAUACAACAGUUAAUGAUACAGAUGCCGAUCUUAAAGCAGUAUUAAGGUUGUCGAUGGAAGAAAAGAGACAGGCUGAACUGCAGAUACGAAUGGAAGAAGAAAUGUUAGAAAAAAUAUUACAGCUAUCUUUAAUUGAAAAAUAAUGGCUUGUAACAGAAUAUUAUGAGUAUUAAUAAAUUAUAAUUUAUUAUACUAUAAUAUUUUACAAUAUGUGUCCCAUUAAAAGUGUACAAUAUCUAACUAUAGUAAGAUGAAUGGUGAUUAUAGCAUCAACAAUUAUGAUGAGAGCUUUUAUUUAUAUAUAUUUUUAUAUACUGGGAAAAUAUUUUUUAUUUAAAGAUUAUGUGCUGCAUAAAGUUUACUUAAACUAUCAGGUAAAUUAUAUAAGCAUAAAUAGUUGAUUUAUUAUGAUGUGUUUUUAACAAUCACUUCAACAAAUACCAGUUUAUAUUUUUUAUUCAAAUUUAAAACAAUCAUUGUGUUUUCAUUUCUAUAAAAUACUAUAUCUUGUAUUUGAUUUUUGACCAACUAUUUUCUUUGUAAAAAUAGUGUUGUUGAAAUUAUCCCUUUUUACUUUAAAACAUUUAAAUAAUAUUAGAUAUUUUGGUUUAUAGAAAUUUACACCUAUAUAUAUAUAUAUAUAAUGUACACAGGGUGGUAUAUUCUCUAUAAGACUCAUUAUCUUGAAAAAUAUUUACUUUUUGGAAAGUUAAUGAAACAAGCAGUUAUGAAAUGUUUUAUUACUGUUAUUUUUAAGUUUGAAAACUAUCCACUUUUGAUUUUGUAUUAGAAACCCACAUUAAUUAUUCCAUAAAUAGAUGAAGUUUAUAUUUUAAUGUUGAAAUUUUCAAUUUUUUUCAUCCACUUUAAGAUUUUGGCGGGGGGAGUGUAAUGGAGCACUAUUCAAUGAUCAUGCCGCCACACAAAUGAUGCUUUACUGUUCUUCCCCUAUUCAAACUUGUGAAAUGUUUCAUCAACACGUUAACAUAAAAAAUGUUCAACACUAAAAUAUAAGUAAACUUAAUCUAUUUAUCGAAUUUUUACUAUAGAUUUUUAUUUUAAAAUAAAAAGUUGGUAGUUUUUUAACCCCUUAAAAUAAAGGCGACAGAAAAUUUCAAUGUAACAUUUUGAAACUGAUUAUUCCAUAAAUUAUGCGAAAAAAAAAUUCUGAAAAAAUUAAUUAUUUUCUAGAAUAAUAAGUUUCUUAUUGAGGAUUCUGUUUAACAUAACAUAUAUUAUAUUUCUUUAUUAUGUUAAUAUUACAAACAAUAAUUUAUGUAUUUACUUAUGUUUAAUAAUACAGAGUGAUUCACUCAAUUGGAAACACUCAUUAUCUUGAAAAGUAUUAUCAUUAUUUUUUUUUUUGAAAACUUAAGAAUCAAAUAGUUCUAAAAUUGUACGUUAUCAUUUUUAUUGUACCUCUUAUUUUUGGGAGUGAAAUGACUGUACUACUUUUGAUUUUCAAAUAGAAACCUAUUUUGAAAAUGCUUUAAAUAAAUGGAGUAUUAUUUAAAAUAAUAUCUCGUCAACGGAUUGACGGAAAUCAAAAAUUUCAACAACAAAUUUUAUUUUAAAUAAUACUUCAUUUAUUUAAAGCAUUUUCAAAAUAGGUUUCUAUUUGAAAAUCAAAAGUAGUACAGUCAUUUCACUCCCAAAAAUAAGAGGUACAAUAAAAAUGAUAACGUACAAUUUUAGAACUAUUUGAUUCUUAAGUUUUCAAAAAAAAAAAUAAUGAUAAUACUUUUCAAGCUAAUGAGUGUUUCCGGUUGAGUGAAUCACUCUGUAUAUACUUAUUUUGUACCUAGCAAAAAUUUUAACUUCUUUAUCUUUAUUAGUACAAUAUUAUUCGCAAUGUAUUAAUGUUAUUAAUGUUUAUCAUAAGCUUGGGUGAAAAUUAUAUCUUUUUUUUUUAUUAUUAUUAUUAUAUUUGAUCUUGAUUUUUUUUACAUUAAGUCAUUAAAUUACUAUUUAUAUUGUUCUUAUGUUAUAUUCCUAUGAAAUUUAUAUUACUUGCAUGUAUACUUACUCAGUUUUUGCAAUGUAUUCAAUAAUUUAAAAAAAUAUUUGUUCACCUACCUAUUUAUUUUAACAUUUUAAAUUGAAAACUAAAAUGAAUUUUGUAGCUAGUCAGAAGUUAAGUCAUUAUUAUCUAUGUUGUUGAGUAUAAUAUAUGAUAUAUUGAACCGUGUAAUGUAUAUAUAUUUAUUUUUGUUUUGUUAUUAAUAUAGGUAAGUAACUAUUAUUAAAAUUUACCUGUAUAACUGUCGUCGUAAUCCAUCUUAUUUUUUUUUUCUGUUUUUCUGAUUUGUAUUUUAUACAUUGUUUUAAAAUCGAAAAUUGAUACCAUUUACACAAACCUUAUUAUUACACCCAUCAAAGUCGAAUGUUUUUUUCCCUUCUCACCGAAUUUGGUCAAAACAACUGUUUCCCCCCUGAACCCUGUUAAACAUUUUUGGAUUUGUCCCUAUUAACUGUUACAGUGGCACUGGA